GUCUAGCGUCGUGUAACCGUGUAUUUGCGCACUCUUCAGAAUGGCUAAGGUAUUAGAAGGCGCUAUUUCCCUGUCGACGCAUCUCAAAAUUUGGAUUAUUGUUCACGGGAUGAAGUCUCCUUAAUGCCGUUCAUAUAGUCUCUUCAGAUCGCAACAGUCUUCAGCAUGGCCAUGCACACAGGGGCAGAGGCACGCCCUCUCCUCGCACGCUUCUCGACAGUGGAACCCCGGGAAACAGGCAACAAAGCACCCAAUGAUACAUCCAGCUUCGCCUCCAACCUGACCAACCACCUCACCCAAGCCCUCCACUUCCUCUUCACCGGGGUCUUCGCCCUCGACUCCACCACCUACGAUCCCAUCCUCCUCAUGCUCAACGCCUCCACCCGCUCCGACCGUGACACCCUCACAGAGCGCUGGCGCGACCACAAGCUCGCCGAGAUGAACUUCGUCGGCAUCGUCGCCGCCCUGCUAGCCGGGUGUCUGACGUCCACGGGCUCCUGGCCGAGCCUACUGCCGGCCGACACCACGUCGCCGUGGCCGAUCCGCACGUCAUUCUUGACGGGCCUGCUGCUGGCACUGGCAUCGAUCUUGAGCGCGGCGAACUUGACGAUCCGCUUGCAUCGGUUGUCGAGCCAUCGUGAUGCGUUGCCGCUGAUUCGGUGCUUGAUGGCGCGGCGGCCUCCGUGGGGGCGUGUGGGCGGGGAGGAGGAGUUGAGGACGCCGGGGACGUUUGCGGUGUAUACGUGGCAGAUGCCUGUGAUGUUUUUGACGGCGUCGGUGGUUUGUAUGAUCGUUGGGAUGUGUGCGCUGGUGUGGGCGUCCGUAGGGGAGCAGGGUUUUAGUAACGUGGAUGGCUCCCUCAAGGGGAAUGGCAAAGUGGCCAUAACGUUUACGACGGUAACAGUUACGGUUGUUGUGGUGUUCUUCGCGGGUCAGAUGAGUCUGUAUCACAUGCCGAAAAAGUCCGAGUUAGUGGAAGAAGACUGA